UGCUUACUUUAUGGCCGCAAGGAAUAAGUGUAGAAUGAUAACGUUAGGGGUCUCUUGGAACGGUGACGAAUGAAGCCACUCGCGCUGCCCACCCUCCCACCUGUCACAGGCCGUCAAGUGAUUGAUGAGUGGCACUCGCUACCACUGCUUGUGGCGGAUCGUCGUCGGUGGCUUCAUGUAGAGCUUAAGCGGUACGGUACCUCCCGCUAUCGCCAUCAUGUCUUUCGUCCAGUACGAGUCGUCUUCCGACCCUGAUAUUCUCUCCUCGGGCCCUGUAAGACCCAAAUUCCACCACAGACACACAAAUGAUCGAAUCCGCGAAGGUUCUCGAGGACCGUCUUCAUUCCCCAUGGCGAGCAAGAUCACCAAGAACCGAAAAUCCAUCUUCAAAGAGCUAGGACUGGACACAGACCUGCCCAGCCAGUCGUACCCGAACGAGCAGAGCCCGAGAUCUGGCGAGCUCACAUCACCCAUCAGCACUUACACCCUUGAGCAGCCGCCCAAUGUUGACCCAAGCGGCGGCCCGAGACCCGAGACAGGAGAGCAGUCUCGGGAAACCCCCGAACCCGGUUCACCACCACCACCGCAACAACCAACAGCAGCCAAGAGAUCAUGGUACUCUCGGCUUACACCGGGUCGCCGCCUAAGAGUUAAGACUGAGUCAAGUGUGCCGCCUCCUCGUCCAUUCUUGCUCACGAGGUUUUCCGCGAUUGCGCUGCUCAUUGCUGUUGUGCUUCCCUGCUUUAGUUAUUACAAGGGUCAUCAGGAGGUUCCGCUCAGCGCGGCGGGGGCUAGGCCCGUCAUCCGCAACAGAUCCGGGGUAACCGGCCCUGUUCUUGAGACGAGAGCCGAGAGCCGGACAGAUGUCUGCAAGAGAUGGGCUCAACAAACCGCACAACUCAAUGGGACGCUGUACAUCUACGGCGGCCAGGCAAAGACAAAGCAGGAUCAGACGACCGAUACGUGGAACAACGACUUCCUAGUCCUGGACCUGACCAAAUCCUGGUCUACCACCUCCCCCGCACUACGCGGGUUGCCCCAACCCUCCGGCCCUCCGGCCGUCUCUCUCGGCUACCUCUGGAACGAUUACAACAAUCUCUAUCUCUACGGCGGCCAGUUCGCUGACAAUCCCUAUGUCGAACCCGCUCCGUUUUCCACAUGGAGAUACAACAUCCAGAGCAAGACAUGGACCGAAUACCCCUCUCCAAAAACGUCAGGCGGCAAGAACUCAGAUCCUGGCGACCAGCCGGUGCAACGGGCUGCAGAAGGCGCCGGCUUGUCCGUGCCCGAACUGGGCCUGAGCUGGUACUUUGGCGGGCAUCUCGACCAGUCCACCACGCCCGGAUGGUCCAUCCACAUUCCCAGGGUUUACCUGAAGAGCCUGCUUGAGUUUACCCACCCGGGGUACACCAACGACGGCGUGUAUGCCUUGGCGGGUGGGACUGGGGCAGGCGAGGGAGGCGCCUACAGGAACAUCACGCAAGGUGGCUUGCAAGUGGCCGAUGCGUUUCCCGAACGGGCAGACGGUGUGUUGGUGUUUGUGCCCGGAUGGGGCGAGAGGGGGGUUCUGAUCGGCCUCGCCGGCGGUGCUGUGGACACCUUUACCGACGACCUCGGUACCCUCGACGUAUAUGACAUUGCAACAUCGGAAUGGUACCAUCAAAAGACCACGGGCGAUACCCCGUCGGUCAGAGUCAAUCCCUGUGCAGUUGUUGCCUCGGCGCCCGACGCCUCCAGUUUCCAGAUCUACCUGUAUGGAGGCCAGAAUUUGCAGCCCUACGUAAGCUCCUUGCUCCUGCUGGCAUGUCCAAGUCCGUUGCCUCUUAACACCUUUUACCCAAACAGAAAAACCAAACUCAGUACUCAGACAUGUACAUCCUCUCAAUCCCCUCCUUCACCUGGAUCAAGGCGCCUCAGUCGGGAGACAUCCCGCCUGCACGUGCAGGACACACUUGCAACCUCCGCGACGGCCAGAUCAUAGUCUUCGGCGGCUACACCGACCCAGAUUACCCAGCAUGCGAACCCCCCACGUCCGGGGGUAUCUUCAUCUUCAACGCCUCCUCG